GAUUUGGCGGGAAACCAAUAAAGUUAGGUUAAACUGUGGUUAAUAAAUUAUGUGAAUGUGAAGUGAAAAAUAUAUUAUGAAAGUUUUUUUAGAAAUUCAUCUAAAAUAAAAAGGUUAUAUUUAUUGUAGCAAAAAUGGCAGAUGAAAAAAUUAAGAAAAAGUUGCAAAAUGCAUUUAAGUUAAGCGGUUUCAGUGUUAGACGGGAAUUCUGUGAACUUAUAUUACAAACAUUUGUGGCAGAAGGGGUAGAUUUAGCUGAUAAUUCAACAUUUGAUACGAACUUAAACAGUAUGUGUAAUAGUUUAGAAAGCCAAUGCAGUUUUGAAAAGAGUAUUGAAUUAGAACAUAUAAAAAAAGCAAUUAAAUCAUGUUUUUAUAGUGGGUGUGAUACUAAUGAAUCGAUUUUUAAUAUUAUAAGUGCAUUUGACUUUCCUAAACUUAGUUACAAUCCUGACCGUAAACAGUAUUAUGUGGAACAAAGAAAAUCAGUGAUUUUACCAGAUGCUGAUGUUAAGGCAAAGUUAUUUUUGGAAAGAUAUACCACAGUGCUUCAAAGAACCAGACGAAAUUUUCAUCUAAAAGGAGAUAUACAGCUGCAAACUGUGGACUAUUUGUUAACAAUUUCCACUGUUACAUUAGAUAGGGUUUUAAUUUUAGGAGCUUUGUUUCAAGUUUCUGAAGGAAAGUGGCAUUUGGAAGAUCCAACUGGAAUGGUGGAGCUAAAUCUACAACAUGCUAAAUUUCAUAUAGGAUUUUUUAGUGAAAAUACCCUAGUUUUAGUAAAUGGUUGUUAUGAAGAUCGCAUUCUUCUGGUCUCCUCAAUAGUGCUACCACCCGGUGAAGAUUAUAAAGGUUCAAGACCAGUCUUUGGAAAUAUCAAUUACUUUGGAGGACUUUCAAAUUUACAGUUGCGAGAAUCUGCAAGUUUAAAGCAAUAUAUGACACAAAACAAAAAUAAGUUCAUGUUAUUUUUUUCUGACGUAUGGUUGGAUUAUCCUCAGGUUUUUGAAAAACUCGAACAACUAUUUAAUGGAUUUGAAGAAUACCCUCCCUUGGCUUUUAUUUUUAUGGGAAAUUUUAUGUCGAAUUCUCAUGGUAGUGAAAACAUGGACGUAUUGAAAAAACUAUUUAAGAGAUUAGGAGAGCUUAUUUUUAAGUUUCCCAACGUAUCGCAGGAAAGCCAGUUCAUAUUUGUGCCCGGUUUGACCGACCCGUGUUUGACGCAUAUUGUUCCAAGAUUUGCCCUACCAGAUUAUGUAACUACCGAUUUUAAGAAGCUAUUGCCCAAAGCUACAUUUACAACAAAUCCAUGUAGAAUCCAGUACUGUACUAGAGAAAUUGUAGUAUUUAGAGCAGACCUUAUGCCAAAGUUUUUGCAAGGUACUUUACACAAACCUAAGAAGGAAGAACUUUCUGAAUCUGUAUUUAAGAUAAUGAAGUCGGAUGAAAUCGCUUUCGAAGCAAAAAAAGAUCUUCUUAUUUCCAAUUUCGGCGAAUCUUAUUUGAAAAAACAUAGAAGGGAACGUAUGGUGUAUGCCUGCAGUAACCGCAUUAGAGAGAUUUUUAGGCUUCUUAUAAGUUACCGCAAAUUAAUGAAUACGAGUGUUCCUUUUAAGGACUUACUACACCCAAGGAAGUUUGAUAAUGUAGUAGCUGCAGAUAGAAUUAUCGCAGGUUACGAUUAUGUUAAAAAGACUUUUAAAUCGCCUAGUUUAGCCAUGCAUCUCGGUACAUCAUUAAAGUCAUUUUGUGAUGAAUUAACACAAUUAAUAUUAAAGGAAAGUGUUGGUUUCAAAUGUAAUUCCUCAGAUGAAUCUAGGCAAUGGCUACAUAAUAUUAUGACUUUUAAACUACUUAUUGAAGCUCGAUGGAAUUCAGAGUUAGCAUCCCUAGCUAACAAGGAUUUACAAGAAAAAAAAUGGACCAAACCUUUGCUCUUGCCACUUGUGGAAGAUAUAAAGAAACUUCGAGAUAGAACAAUGAAACUUAUUGAUUGUAAACAAAAAUUCAGUCGCAAUGAAGAUGAUCUAAACACAUACAAAUUGUUGGUGCAAUGUGUAUUAGCUCUCUUGAUCAUAUUUAAUAAAAGGCGUAUUGGUGACGUGCAAUGUUUAAAAAUUAAUAGUUACACCACAGACAACAGAAGUAACUAAACUGACUU